AUGUCAGACAACAAUCCCAAGCUCCGAGUCCUGAUUGCAGGAGCCGGUAUCGCCGGCCUCGCAACGGCGAUAGCAAUCAGUCGCAUCUCAGAUAUUCCAGGCGGCGUGGAUAUACAGCUCUACGAACAGGCUCCUGAGCUGACUGAAAUCGGAGCCAGCAUUGCACUAAGCCCUAAUGGCAUGCGCACGCUGGAAAGACUCGGGGUACACAAUGCUCUCUCGGAUGAGGUUGGCUACAGAGGUCCAAGUGGAAUACCCCAAAUAUUUCGGCAUUGGAAAUCAAACCAGGUUCUCAGUGUCGACACGCACACCAACGUGCCUAAUCCUCGGCACCAUACCACGCGCUUUCACAGAGGGCAUUUGCAUGCUGCUUUGCAAGAGCACGUACCGAGAGACUCGAUACACCUGGGCAAAAAGGUGGCGCGUGCAGCUGCCACCGAAGAUGGUGUCACGCUCUAUUUUGAGGAUGGGACAGAGGCUCAUGGAGACUUGCUGAUUGGGGCUGAUGGUAUCAAGUCGAAAACAAGGCAAUCCUUUAUCCCAGAAUACAAAUUGAGAUUCACCGGCAAAGUCUUUGCGAGAUCCACGUUUGAUGCGUCUUUGGUUGAAGGCAAAAUCCCAGAAUUGCCCAUUGAUUCCAUGCAUUGGUGGGGACCAAAGGAUAAUUUCUUUGCAUCGAGACUGGGCAAGAACCAGUACACCACAGUCGGUGCCUAUGAAGACGGACGUACCACCGAGGAACUAGAAAAAGAAGUAGACUGGAACCAGCCCGGCAACGUGGAGAGACUACGAGAGAAGUACAGCAACUGGAGCCCCGUAGUGAAAGCACUGGCCGAAGCAACACCGUACUCUCGCCUAUACCCCAAUUAUGCCGGCGAUGCGCUUCAGACAUGGAUUCUCUCGCCACGGGUAACCCUCGUCGGCGACGCUGCGCAUACUCAUGGUGGUGCAUUUGCUGCGGGGGGGUCUCUGGCCCUCGAUGACGCUUUUGCCCUAGGUCUCGCUCUCAAACAUACAUUUUUUUCUUUGAGUGGUACCUCCUCGUCGAUAAAGAAAGCUCUAGAAAUUUACGACCAGACCAGACGACCACACACUGGCAGGUUGCUGGCGAUUGUGCAUGGACUUGUCAAUAAAAAGGCAGAGGAGUUACAAUCGCCUGAGGAAGAAGAUGUGGCACUUGUUGCUAGAAUAAAAAAUAGACCAGAUACCGAAUGGUUAUCAGAACACGAGGUGGUGGAGGCAUUUCAGCGUGUUGUUGAAGUUUCCGCGGCUGGCGCUCUCCAACGCCGAUCGACAAUGCCGCCGCCCUUUCCAUCUGCGCAUCGCGGCAUGACCGCAAAUCCGCUAAAGCCAGUCAAACGAUAUCGCCCGGGCAAAGCGCUUGUUGAAGAGGAGCAUUCUUCAGAGGAAGAAUCCGACGAUGAGGAACAGAUUGCACAGGAAGAAGAACGGCGGAAACAGGAAGAGGCGGCAAAACGUCGCCAAAGACCUCCACCGAAAGCGUCUUCUUUUCCGAGGGGUGGAGGAGGAGGAGCGGGCAAGAUUACAAAGGGUGUUCGGAAUGUUCAAAUAGAAGAAGAAGAGGAUGAUGAUGAUGAAGGGUUUGUUACAGAGGAGGAGGAUGAAGAACCGACACCGGCCGCCGUCGCAAAGCCAACAGCAAUUACACAAGAACCCGCCAUUCCAGCUCCUGCAGAAGAAUCAGAAGAAGAAUCAGAAGAAGAGUCCUCCGAAGAGGAGAGUUCCGAAGACGAGCAACCAAAAAGAGUCCUUCUCCGACCUACAUUCAUAAAAAAGGACAAGCGGAAAGAAAACGGGCAAAACAGCGCCGACCAAGUCGCAGUUACAGAUACAGCAGCCGACGCAGAGGCGCGACGAGCCCAACGACAGGAACUAGCCAACGACCUCGUGCGCGACCAGCUUGAGAAGGAAGCAGCCGCGAGGGUUGCCGGCAAGAAAGCAUGGGACGAGGACGAAAACGUCGCGGCCGAGGAAGAGGCGCUGGACGACCACGACGGGCUGGACCCAGAGGCGGAGUAUGCAGCGUGGAAACUACGAGAACUCAAACGAGUCAAGAGACAGCGCGAAGCGAUUGAAGAAGCAGAAAAGGAGCGCGAAGAACUCGAGCGGCGGCGGAAUCUCAACCCGGAAGAGCGCGAGCGCGAAGAUCGAGAGUUUAUCGACAAGCAAAAGGAAGAAAGAGAGGCCAGUCGCGGUCAGACGGGUUUCAUGAAACGGUAUUUCCACAAGGGGGCUUUCUUCCGAGACGAUCUUGAAAAAGAAGGCCUGGACAAGAGGGAUCUUAUGGGCGCUCGGUUUGCAGACGAUACCAGCCGCGAGGUCUUGCCCGAGUACAUGCAGAUACGCGACAUGACAAAACUUGGAAAGAAAGGACGAACGAGAUACAAGGACCUGCGCUCCGAAGACACGGGGCGAUGGGGAGACGGGUUCAGCGAUCGACCGAGACGGCCACGAGACGAGAAUCUGGUCGGCAUCACCGACGAACGAUUUCUGCCGGAUAGCAACCGGCGAGACGAGAGCACAGGGCCAACAGGCGCCAAUGCGAGCGCUGUCAGGGAACGUCGUCCGCGAGACCACAGCAGAGAUAGGGACAGGCAUCGAGACGACGAGAGGGACUAUCGGAAAAGAAGCCAUUCGCCUGACGAGGACCGAGACAAGCGUCGUCGGGUGGAGAGUUGA